AAUAAUAAUAAUAAAAUUUCAAAAUCCCUCCUUUCUCCUUCUCCAUUCCCUUAGGGUUUCUUCUUCCCUCCCAUGCCGGAUCUCAGCAAUCUCCUCCUCCCCGCUCUCCCGCACUUCGAACUAGACUGCCCCUCUACUUCUACCUCCUCCUUCCUGCCGGACUCUGCCCCUCCGAACGCUGGCGUCGAGUUCGAGUGGAGACGGCGGCUUCGGCUGUCGAUCUCAGCGCGUCGACCAUAUGGAGCGCUGCGAAGGGAGCGACGUGGCGGAGGCCGGCGGUCGGCCGCAGCGAAUUCGUUGGUGGAACCCGUGCAAGCGUGGAUGAAGAGAAAGAUGGAUGCCGGAGUUCUUGAGAAGGAUUGCGUUUUGCCUUUCCUCAACAAUGGUUUUAAAAUGGUUCAAUGUCAGUUGUGCCAAAAAUUUGUCAGCCAGGGUGAUGAAGUGCUUUGUUCAGUGCAGCUGUGCCGACAUGCCUAUCACAGGACUUGCGUUAAUUGGAAAAAAAGAUCCUCAAAGGACUUUAAGUGCCCUCAACACGCUUGUUUCGUUUGCAAUCGGACAAACCAUUGGCAUUGUGUACGAUGCUUCAUAGCAUUUCAUGUUAAAUGCUCUCCUUGGCCUGCUGAUGUGGUUUUUCUAGCAAAUCGGCCUGGACGAGCUAUCUGCUGGAGACACCCGUCGGAUUGGCGUUUGGAUAAGCAGCAUGCAGAUGCCACAAGUGACUUGGAGGAAGUGUUCCAUCGUCUGCCUCUUCCGUAUGUUGAGGAGGAGUAUGAGAUUGGCUCGAUUGUGAAUGAUGUUUUGGAGAACAUUACUGAGCCAGCUCCUUACAUACAUAUCAAGCGCAAUGUUUAUUUGGUCAAGCGGAAACGUGAUGGUGCUGAUACUAAUGUUGGAUGUACAAAUUGCAAUGCAAAUUCUGACUGCAGUGAGAACUGUGAGUGCAGAGGUCUUUCACUCAGUUGCACGAAGGCCUGUCAUUGCUCAGAAAUGUGCACAAACAGACCAUUCCGCAAAGAAAAAAAGAUAAAGGUUGUCAAGACAGAUUGGUGUGGCUGGGGGGCAAUUGCCUUGGAGUCCAUUGAAAAGGGUCGUUUUGUGGUAGAAUACGUAGGAGAAGUUAUUGAUGAUGCCUUAUGUGAACAAAGGCUUUGGGACAUGAAACGUCGGGGCGACCAAAACUUCUACAUGUGUGAAAUUCGAAAAGAUUUUACAAUAGAUGCUACUUUCAAAGGGAAUUUUUCUAGGUUUCUAAACCACAGUUGUGAUCCUAAUUGUAAGCUCGAGAAGUGGCAAGUAGAUGGAGAAACACGCGUAGGUGUUUUUGCUUUGAGAACAAUUCAAAAUGGCGAACCUUUAACAUAUGAUUACAGGUUUGUGCAAUUUGGCCCUGUGGUUCAAUGUUACUGUGGAGCUUCAACCUGUCGAGGUUUUCUUGGGAGCAGAAAGAAGACAAGCCAGCCAAACUUUUCAAACUCCGUCUGGGGCUGCAAAAGGAUGAGAACUCGUAUAACUAAAAGAAGAAAAAAUAGAUGAUCUUUCUCAAGCCCUCAAUUUCUGCAACUAGUGAAAAUUGCUGAUUUCAGAUUCUUGGCCUAAAAAUUGCUAAAUUUUCCUUACACGGCCUCAGCUAUGUUUCCUUCAAAGUGCGCUGCACAGAACUUUUUCUUUAAAUUUGCUUUUCUCGAUUUUGUCAACUAGAAGUGCAAUUUGUUGUCAUUGAUCAUCGAGUGUAUAGCUUAAUUCAACUGCUUCUUCUUUUGAUUUGUUCUUCCAUUGAAACAUGAUGUAAGUUCAGUAUGUUUCUUCAUUCUUGAACAAGUUUGUUCAGAUUAGAGAGGGUAUUUUGAUUCACUUUGAUAAGACAAGCAAAGCUAAUAAGUUUAGUGUGUAUUUUCUUGCAA